CCUCUUUUUGCAGUUCAUCUCCUAGACCUCAUCAGACUCUGACCCAGUUCUUGAAUGACUUUGGAGACCCAGAUGUUUCAGAAUGCACAUUCUGGAAGCCAAUGGCUACUCCCACCACUGACAAUGUUGCUGCUGUUUGCUUUUGCAGACAGGCAGACGGCAAAUCUUCCGAAGGCUGUGGUGAAACGUGAUCCCCCAUGGAUCCAGGUGCUCAAGGAAGACACUGUGACGCUGACGUGCGAAGGGACCCACAAUCCUGGAAACUCUUCUACCCAGUGGUUCCACAACCAGAGCUCCACCUGGGGCCAGGUCCAAGCCAGCUACACGUUUAAGGCCACAGUCAAUGACAGUGGAGAAUACCGGUGCCGAAUGGCGCACACCAGCCUCAGCGACCCCGUACAUCUGGAAGUGAUUUCUGACUGGCUGCUGCUCCAGACCCCUCAACUGGUGUUUGAGGAAGGGGAAACCAUCACAUUAAGGUGCCAUAGCUGGAAGAACAAACAGCUGACUAAGGUCUUGUUGUUCCAGAAUGGAAAACCUGUGAGGUAUUAUUAUCAAAGCAGCAAUUUUUCAAUCCCCAAAGCCAACCACAGUCACAGUGGGAACUACUACUGCAAAGCAUAUCUAGGAAGGACAAUGCAUGUGUCCAAGCCUGUCACCAUCACUGUCCAAGACAGAUAUGGCCAUGCCCUUUAGGAAAUGCAGACUUAGCAACACAUUGGAGAAGGCUGAGAGAUGAAAAGUCCACUGAAAGCCAGGCCUGGUGGUGCACACCUUGAAUCUCAGCACUCAGGAAGCAGAUGCUGGCAGAUCUCUGUGCGUUUGAGGUCAGCCUAGUCUACAAAGUGAGUCCAGGACAGCUCCAGAGCUCUGUUACAUAGAGAAACUAUGUCUCAAAAAACCAACCAACCAACCAACCAACCAACCAACCAACCAACCAACCAACGUCCUUUGGAGGCUUCCUGAUUCAUCUGCUCCUGUCCUUACUUUAAGUACUUGGUGUGAAUCACGUUACAGAAGCUCUGCACUAGGGACCUCACUGUCCCUAAUUUCUGAAUUUCUGUCUUAAUGGUUCAUUCGUUCCAAUUCUUCCUGCUUCCCUCCCAGGUUCAGCAACGGCAUCCACCAGCUCUCUAGUGUGGUUCCAUGCCGCUUUCUGCCUAGUGAUGUGCCUCCUGUUUGCAGUGGACACCGGCCUGUAUUUCUGUGUACGGAGAAAUCUUCAAACCUCGGGGGAGGACUGGAGGAAAUCCCUGUCAGUCGGAAAGUACAAGGCUCCACAGGACAAAUGACAUCCCAUCGUAUGGCUAAACAGCGGCAGCUUCUUUUCAGCCACACCGCCGCUUCAUCUACAGCCUUCCUUUGAAAGCAACUUACCACCAGGCUGGAUAUUUGGUCCUGCAAUCACAACUGCUAGGAGGCUGAGGCAGGAGGAUCACCAAAGGCUGCCCGGGUUUUAGAGAAGAGAGAGUGCAAGUCUAUCCUGGAUAACCCAAUAAGACCCUGGGUUUAGAUGGCUUAUCAGGAAAGAGCACCCAUUGCUAAGCUCACAGACAAGACCACAGAUUGAUCCCUAAGGACACAGGGCAAAGGGAGAGAACAAAUUCCUGAAAGUUGUCCUCUGACCUCCACACGUCCACCAUGGCAGAUGCACACAAUAAACAAAUUAAAAUGUAAUAUAUAUAUUUUAAACAAGAGGUGGGGAAAGGCUGGGGGUUGGUGGCACAGUUUUUAUCCAGGACACAUGAUGCUCUGGAUUUUGACCUCCUAUAAUAAAACAGAAAUCAAUCUGG